UCCGCAAUUCCACUUCACGCCACCUCUCUACUGUUCGAAACUCACGUCUUGGAACACACACCACACCACAACACCCAGAUACGUUUCCUUCUCUCCUCAUCACCUUAUAAAUAAAAAAAUAAAUAAAAAUAACCGCCGACUCCACCGCUUUUCCAUUACAAAUAUACCACUUCUCAAGUUCUGAAAACUACACCGUUUCGUAACAACAAAAAUGCGAGGGCAUGAUCGGAUCAACAGAUGUCUUCCCGACGAGCUACUCAUCGAGAUUUUCCGGCGGCUCCUCGACUCGAAGCCGAGCCGCGAUGCCUGCUCUCUCGUCUGCAAGCGGUGGCUCAACCUCGAGCGCCUCAGCCGCUCUACCCUCCAUAUCGGCGCCUCCGGCUGCCCUGACCACUUCCUCAGCCGCAUCACUCGUCGCUUCGUCAACGUCAAGACCGUCCACAUUGACGAGCGCUUGUCGCUCCCGAUUCAGUUCAGAAGAAGAUGUGGCAGUGAAUCCACGAGUUCAUAUACAAAAAAACGGCGUUAUGUGAAGGAGAAAAGCGGGUCUGAAGACAGUGAUUUUGAGACGUCUUCUAUAUCGGAUGCUAUGUUGAGUGUCCUUGGUGAAGGCUUUUCAAAACUUGAGAAGUUGAGCUUAAUUUGGUGCAAUAAUGUGACAAGCAUGGGUUUAGCAUCAUUAGCUCAAAAGUGUAGUUUGUUGAAGUCUUUGGAUUUACAGGGUUGCUAUGUUGGAGAUCCAGGUCUAGCUGCUGUUGGACAGUGCUGCAAGCGGCUUGAAGAUUUGAAUUUGCGUUUUUGUGAAGGUUUGACUGAUGCGGGUGUGGUUGAAUUAGCACUUGGUUGUGGGAAAUCAUUAAAUACUCUUGGAGUUGCAGCUUGUGCAAAAAUAACUGAUAUCUCAUUGGAAGCUGUUGGGUUGCACUGUAAAUCUCUUGAGACCUUGUCAUUGGAUUCGGAGUACGUGAGUGACAAAGGGAUGCUUGCUGUAGCCAAAGGAUGUCCUCUUUUAAAAGUUCUGAAGAUACAAUGUGUCAAUGUUACUGAUGAGGCUUUGGCAGUUGUGGGCACUUGUUGUUUGUCACUCGAGUUUCUGGCUCUAUACAGUUUGCAGAAAUUUACUGAUAAGGGUCUACGUGCUAUCGGCAGUGGUUGUAAGAAGUUAAAAAAUCUCACUCUUAGUGAUUGCUAUUUCCUGAGCGACAAGGGUUUGGAAGCAAUUGCAACUGGUUGCAAGGAACUUACACAUCUCGAAGUUAAUGGGUGCCAUAAUAUCGGAACUUUGGGACUGGAAUCUAUUGGAAAAUAUUGCCAGCAACUCACUGAGUUAGCACUGUUGUUCUGCCAAAAGAUAGGUAAUAAAGCCCUUCUUGAAGUUGGAAGGGGCUGUAACAAAUUGCAAGCUCUUCACUUGGUAGAUUGCUCUAGUAUUGGAGAUGAAGGCAUUUGUGGUAUAGCUAGGGGCUGCAGGAACUUAAAGAAACUUCACAUUCGGCGGUGUUAUGAGAUUGGAAAUAAGGGAAUUUCUGCUAUUGGUGAGUAUUGUAACUCUCUUACAGAUCUUAGCCUUCGAUUUUGUGAUAGGGUUGGAGAUGAGGCCCUUGUUGCCGUUGGUCAGGGUUGCUCACUACAUCAUCUAAAUGUCAGUGGCUGCCACCAAAUUGGAGAUGCUGGAAUAAUAGCCAUUGCAAGAGGCUGCCCGCAGCUCCGUUCCUUAGACAUAAGUGUUCUCCAGAAUUUGGGGGAUAUGGCAAUGGCCGAGUUAGGAGAAGGCUGUCCAUUACUCAAAGAAAUACUUCUGUCACACUGCCGCCAAAUAACAGAUGUUGGUAUAGGCCACCUUGUAAGAAAUUGUAGCCUGCUUGAAUCCUGCCACAUGGUUUAUUGCCCUGGUAUAACUGCAGCUGGAGUUGCCACUGUGGUUUCCAGUUGCACCAACAUAAAGAAGGUUCUGGUUGAGAAAUGGAAGGUUAGUGAGCGGACCAAACGAAGAUCAGGCUCUGUCAUCACUUACCUCUGUAUGGAGCUUUAGAUCCAACAUCAAUUUAUGUACAUACGCUGAGCUUGUACAUGUUCGAUUACAAACCGAGUGAGAAGCCCAGAUCUUGGCACUCAGAAAGAUAAGCAGUUACUUGUGCACAUGCUGUUGAUGUUUCCUUUUCCUUUCUUUUCUUUUUUUUUUAAAAUAUAUUUUCCUUGUUGCUCCCCUUUCAGUUUGUCAGUUGUGCCAUCUUGUAAUUUAUUGUUUGUGUGUGAUAUUUGUACCAAAUGUAAUAGUGUUUAGGAAAUGAUUCAGUGUAAAUGAAUAAAUUAUGUUCUCACUGCA